ACCUGGAUCAAUAUCAUCCUGAGCAGACCAGACACGGAGAUUGAAGGACUAAGUCGACAACAAGCCUGCUCCUCUGACUAGGGCUCCCUAUUCUCUUCUUAUCCCUGGACCUCCACCUCCGAUCCUCAAUUUUGUCAUCUAUAUACAUUGCCUAUUCCCGUCCCCUGGGCAAGCAUAACUGUGGGGUGCCCGUCCGAGUCCUGCUUAAACCCCUUUCUCCUGUCCCCGUCCACCACCACCCUCACAUCAUGGUGCGUUUAAGGGAAAUACCCCGCACAGCGGCCUUUGCUUGGUCCCCCGGUUCCGCCUCCCCAUACAUCGCUACUGGAACACGCGCCGGUGCUGUCGAUGCGGACUUCUCCAAUGAGACCGACCUUGAACUUUGGGACCUGGCUUUGGACCGGGAGGGAGGCGCGGCGGAGUUACAGCCGGCUGCGAAACUUAGCACGGAGUCUGGAUUUCAUGAUCUUGCGUGGACGGACUCGGACGACAGUUCUAGAGGUAUCAUCGCAGGUGCCUUGGAGAAUGGGUCGUUGGAUCUGUGGAAUGCUGAUAAGCUGUUGAGCGGAGCGAGUGACCCCCUGGUAACGAGGUCCUCCCAACACUCCGGUCCCGUGAAAACCCUACAAUUCAAUCCGCGACACUCGAACCUUUUAGCUACUGGUGGAAGCAAGGGAGAGCUUUUUAUCUCGGACUUGAACAAUAUCGAUCAUCCGUUCCGACUAGGGAACGUCGCUGCGAGACAAGACGAUAUUGAGUGUCUCGACUGGAACAAGAAAGUGCCGCAUAUUUUAGUUACCGGAAGCAGCGCAGGCUUUGUUACAGUGUGGGAUGUCAAGACCAAGAAGGAGAGUCUGACCUUGAAUAAUCUUGGGCGGAAGGCUGUUAGUGCUGUUGCGUGGGAUCCGGAAAAGCCAACGAAACUUAUCACGUCAAUUCCAUUGGAGACGGAUCCUUUAAUUUUAGUUUGGGACUUGCGUAAUUCUAACGCCCCUGAAAGAGUGUUGAAAGGCCAUGAGUCUGGAGUGUUAUCGCUUUCGUGGUGUGCCCAGGAUCCAGACCUGCUCUUGUCCUGCGGCAAGGACAAUCGGACCAUUUGCUGGAAUCCUCAGACUGGUGUUCAGUACGGUGAAUUCCCCGUCGUGACGAACUGGACUUUCCAGACACGAUGGAACCCACACAAUCCGAACAUGUUUGCUACGGCUUCGUUUGAUGGUAGAAUUUCCAUUCAAACCAUCCAGAAUACCAAGAGCGAUGCAAUUGCGCAAGCUGGGGCAAGCCAAGCCCAGCCUGCCGACGACGAAGACUUCUUCGCAAAGGCUCAGUCGCAACCACAGGCUUCUACGUUUUCGCUGCCAACGCCCCCCAAAUGGUUGCAAAGACCUGCUAGUGUUUCGUUUGGCUUUGGUGGUAGAGUUAUCUCGGUUGGAUUGACUGAUCCUGGAAAGCCUGGCUCCCGCGCUUCGAAAGUCAGAAUCACCCCAUUCGAAAUAGAUUCAACUCUCAGCAGCGCUACCCAAACCUUUGAGGAAGCUCUUAAAGUCGGCGAUCUACGUAAAAUAUGUGAAACCAGAAUUGAAAAUGCCCAGGGUGAUUCGGACAGGGCUGAUUGGAAGGUUAUUGAAACAUUGAUAUCUGACGACCCGAAAAAGCAGGUCAUUAAUUACUUGGGUUUCUCGAGCGAAGUUGAUGAAGCGGCUGACAGCCUCUCGAAACUUGGACUAGAGAGGAGUGACGGGGAGGGGGUUAAUGGGGUGCCGCAAUCAGAUUCUCGCGGACCGGGAGUCCGGAAACAUAAGCGGUUAUCUUCGAUUUUCGAUACGCAUACCGAUGGCGAUAACUUCCUCACCGACCUCUCUGCGUCUAAAGGCGCCAAGACCAAUAAUCCCUUCCAGAUCUAUACUGGGUCGGAAUCCGAGGCGGACAGGGGGAUAACUCGAGCACUGCUUCUCGGAGACUUUGAGAAGGCGCUUGACAUAUGUCUCCAGGAAGACCGGAUGUCUGAUGCCUUUAUGGUUGCGAUAUGCGGAGGCCAAAAGUGCAUCGACAAGGCCCAGGAAGCCUACUUCCAAAAGCAAGCAGAAGGACCGAACUAUCUCAGAUUACUGGCGUCUAUCGUUGGCAAAAACCUGUGGGACGUUGUUCAUAAUGCAGACCUUGCAAACUGGAAAGAAGCUAUUGCUACUCUCUGCACAUUUGCGACCAAUGAGGAAUUCUCCGAUCUCUGCGAAACGCUAGGAGACAGGCUCGAAGAACAGGCCAAAGCCCAAGAUGACAAGGAAGGACGUAAAAAUGCGGCUUUCUGCUUCUUGGUCAGCUCAAAGUUGGAGAAAGUCGUGGGUAUCUGGAUUGAUGAACUGCAAGAGAACGAGAACAAGAGCAUCCAAGAAGCCGCUGACAAUGAGACGACUUUCUCGAUUCAUGUCCGGGCCCUGCAGAGCCUGAUCGAGAAGGUGACUGUGUUCCGCCAUGUCACGAAGUUUGAGGAUACGGAAAAGCAAAAGCCAGCAGAUUGGAAGCUUAGCCUUCUCUAUGACAAGUAUCUUGAAUAUGCUGAUGUUGCUGCCACCCAUGGACAACUGGACAUUGCAAAGCGGUAUCUCGACCUACUACCACAAGCCCAUCCUGCCGCGGAGGUCGCAAGAAAUCGUAUCAAGCUUGCUACCCAGAAAGUGACCGCGAGAGCAAUUCCUGCGCAUACUGCUAGCACUUCCCGGUUAACUCCGAAACCGCUCCCGCAGCCCAAUGUUCCGCAGGGAAUAUACAACCCAAGCGCAACCAUGACCCAAGUAAACAACCCUUACGCACCGCCAGCUCCCAUGCAAGCCAGCAAUCCAUAUGCUCCAGCAGGCUAUCAACCGCCGCAACAACGACAGCCAUCAGGGCCUGUUGGACCACCACCACAAGCAUUUGGAAGUGCACCGCAAUCUAACAUCGCACCACCUCCCCGGGCUGUAAAUCAAUCACCAUCAACGGUUACAUCUUAUACCUAUGCUACGAAUCUGCCUGCUUGGAAUGAUUUACCUGAAGGGUUUGCCAAAGCCCCGACUCCACGACGCGGUACCCCUAGCGCAGGUGCUGGUGCCAUCAGCUCACCUUUCCCCAACCAACAGCCACCACAACCCUCGCAAUCCCCGCACGCAAUGUCUCCCCACCCGCCCCCUCCCCCUAGACAAUCAACUUCGAUGGCAAUCCCACCUCCUCCUAGAGGCCCAGCUGCUCCACCCCGAAUGACACCACCUCCAGCAGUGGGCCAGCCGCAUGGAUUCCAAGCACCUGAAAGACCUCCAUCAACUUCAAGUGCAUAUACCCCGACUACCCAACACCUUCCACCUGGGCCAGCGAUGAUCGCUCCUCAAAUCCCUCGCGGGCCUUCACCCUAUAAUGCGCCCCCAUCCGGACCACCACCCUCCAAUCGAUACGCUCCAAGCCCCGCGGCGCAACCAUCUGCUCCUCAACCUCCUCGGCCGGCGGUGGCCCCACCCCCCACUGGAGCCCCUGCACCUGCGCCAGUUCCGUCCCCACAUGCGUACCAUCAUCCUCCCGCACCCGCGCAGGGCCCGUAUGCGCCACCUAGCGCCCCUGCAGCCGGAAGACCAGAGCCUCCACAUCCAGGUUCUGCACCGGCUUCACGCCCAGGAACUGCUCAAUCGCAAAGGAAGCCAGCCCCAGCUGCUAAAUAUCCACCGGGCGACCGCACCCACAUCCCCGCCAACGCGCAACCAAUCUUCGAAAUCCUCUCCGCAGACAUGCAGCGAGUCAAAGCGCGUGCACCAACCUCGUUCAAGGCGCAGGUCAACGAUGCGGAGCGACGGCUGAAUAUCCUCUUUGAUCAUCUGAACAAUGAGGAUCUGCUUAAGCCUGCUACGGUGGAGAGUAUGGCUGAGCUUGCGCGAGCGAUUCAGGCGCGCGAUUACGAUACGGCGCAGGCCAUCCAUUUGGAUAUUUUCACGAAUCGGAAUGAUGAGUGUGGGAAUUGGAUGGUUGGUGUGAAACGGUUGAUUGGCAUGAGCAGGGCGACGCCAUGAAUUUAGCAUUUAUAUAGCAGUUUUCCGGUUUUUUUUUUUCCCUUUCUUAUAAAUUUCUUUCUCCUGUGUUGUCGGAAGUACAACAUCAGAACAAUAAACUAGCACAGGAGAUAGGGGAACCAAGUUAUAAGACUAUGAAUUGAGUUAUUGGACCGAGUGACCCUUGAGGAACCGCGUUUGUAACUCUUAGCUUGUUUCUUUCUUUUCAUUCCCUUUUGCUUUACGUAUUAAUAUCAGUUUGAAUUUAUUGGCUUUGUUAGAUUGUCUCCUGCAUGUGACUCAAAAAACUUUGUGUUAAUGUGAAAUCGCGAGGAUGAAAUUGGUCCUUCCAGCGUUUGCUCAUGUUAUUCUUUCCUUUUUAUCACGAUCAUUGGGAGUUCGGGCGCGCGAAAGAUAGAGUAUCCAGCCGGCUACUCUUCUAUGAUGCCUAUCUAAAUACCCCUUGUAAGUGUGUAAACACAAUGUCUCAAACCGGUUAGGACUCAGGACUUAAAAACGAAGAAAAGGAAAGAAAAGAAUAAGCAGCAACUACAAACCCGCCCCAAAGCCAAACUUCAAAAAUAACGCCCCAACUCCUACCGCCCCCAGAACCGGCUCCGGGCCAACCACUCUCACAAUGCUAAAUCCACUUGGUAUCAGCUCCCUCCUCUCCGCCGGCACACGACUGACCGGAUACCCAAAGAACGGCACAGUCAUACACAUGAACGAUAUGACCCACAGCAUACCCACGACUCUCUUGAAAACGGUCACGCCCGCACUGGCAGGUUGCGAUCCCAAUUUCUCGACGCCCAGUCUUCGCCAAAGGGCUUGUGCGGUAUCCUCGAUCAUGAAACCUAGGGUGAAAGAGGUAAAGUAGAGCAUUGAACCGCGCCAGGAGUCCAGAAUGGAAAUGCUGGUGGCGGCUAAGAAGGGUACGUGCAGGAUGCCGGAUAGCGAGAAGACGAAUAGGAUGUUUAGGUAGCGUUCGAGGAAGGAGGGGCGGGGAAGGCGGAGGACGCGACGGGUUAGGUAGUUGGAGAUGGAGGUGAAGGGCCAGCGGAGCAUUUGGUGCCAGAAUUUACUGCGGAGAUAGUAAAUGGUAGCUGCGGUGUUAGUCAUUAUCGUUAUAUGGCGGAGAGCAUGGAUUGGUAGGGGCUUUUCAAGUUCUUUUUUUUUCUUUCAUAUUGUAUUUGGUAUAGAUUCACUUUAUAACGAACGUACCCCCAGUAGUUCCGCAGUGUAUACGCAUCCCACAUGCUAUUAAAUAAAGGCGGCCAGUCCGAAGGGUUUGAAAUACGAAGUCCUACAGAAAUAAUUGACAGGAGCCGCGCCACACCAUCGACCAUCAUCCGGGACAUGACGAAGUUGGAAACCAGACUCGUUGCGAUGCGCGCAAUCAAUUGCUCCUUGGUUGCACUCAGGUACAUGAAUUCAGAACCCAGACCCUGCACCAUCUGUAUUUCCUCAGGAGACUGCGCAGAACCAGCUGCUUCUAAAAGGUCAAUCAUCAGAUACUGCCAGAUCACGAUAGCACUCUGGCGCAGGAGGAAAAUGAAUCGCCCCGGGCGGCGGCCGCCAUAGUAGGAUGGAAAUUCUGGAGUGUUUUUUGCAAGCCAGGGUGUGCCGAUUCCACGUAAAUUUAGUCCUAUACUUAUCCCCAGACCAUGCUGUGCAUCGAUGGGAUUAAUGAACAGAAUAUUUAUGCAGUGUGCGAACAGAGCAGGUGACAUUGAGGCUAAGGAAGCACUGUAGAGAAUAUUGUUGCCGAGAGUGAAAGAAGAAGUGUAAAAGAAGUAUUGGACAGCAGCGACACAGGUGAAGCCAACGAUGCGGAGGAGAGAGCCUUUACGGGAGUAUUUGACGAGGAAGGCCAUCCCCAGGCCUUGGGCAAGGUACCAGAAGGCGAGGAGGGCAGCCCUGGGAUAAUUCCACAUUGUGGCUCAGAACCCCCGCGGGUGAUUGAUUUAACUCCAAUUGACAGGGACUGGAAACACGAAGGCAGCACGAAGGCAGCGGCACUCAGGUGGACAGUAAGUGGUGGGUUGCAACCUAUGCUAGGUAAAUAACAUCCCUUUAUACGAUUUCUCCAGAGGCAAAGCUGUAAGGCCACGAAGAGUAGAAAUUCUUCCAGUUGCGAAUUGAGCCAGUUGAUGGAACCUUCAAUGUUCACUUUUUAUUGCUCCCUAUUGUUGUUGGCGCAAGUUUGGCGUUGUCAAUCCGACAUCACCAUGUCACGUCCUUAAACACAGGGUGCGGGAAGAUGUCCAAAAAAUCAGCGCCGC